AUGUUCGACGACGAUAUAUCUGUGUCAUCUCGUGGUCGCCAGGUGGAAUACGACAUCUGGCGCCGAUGGGAAGACUGUCUAUGGCUUCAAGAAACACUAGAGCAGGAGUACCGCCGAUCUGCGAGAGAGAAAAAGAUUCGUCUCCAGCAAGGGAAGGGAGUAAAGUCAUUCAACGGGAUGUAUAAGCAGGACAUGGCAUCAUCUUGGGAAUCCCUUCCUCCUGGCCCAGACCCUAACUCCGUCGCUCAAGAUAUCCAUGGCUAUCUCCCAAAGCUCAGUAAGAAGGGAACAUUGUUCCGUGCGAGUCAGGCCACCAUUGAGAACCGCCAGAAGGAAUUCCGCAACCUGGUUGAAACACUUUUUUCUGACGACAUGCCUGCUCUGGUUCAGGAGAUUCGAGCAAGCACAAUCGUCACUGACUUUUUCGGUCUCUGGAGACGGGACUAUGAUCUCCUCGAAUCUUCCAGACAAGGACAGCGAAACUCUCUGACGAGUAGCGUUUUUUCAUCUUAUUUCUCGGCAUCAAGUCCUUCUCUGUCAGGGAGGUCAACUACUACGGCUUCUUCCCCGAGAAAACGUGUAUCGUCAAGCGCCUCUUCGACCUCCACGUUUUCAUCUGAUCUACCUAGCGAUGGCUCCUCUGUAUGCCAUUCGUCGAAGCGGACAAGUAUCCGUAGCAACGAGACUGCUUUAACCCACCGGCCACGUCGACGUCCAUUGUCUUCGACAUCUUCGGCUUCAGACUCAUCCUCAAUACACUCAGACGGCAGCUUAGAAUCAUGCUCGACGGCAUCCACGAAUCCAGCCAUCGCCGCCGAAGCCUCCAUUGGCUUUGGGCAUAACCCAGAGUCUAAUGAUCGCCCAAGCUCCAUUCUGGAAAUUUUACCAGAGGAACGAGAGUUACUAUCGAAAUCCAGUGAAGGAUAUCUCCCUGCUCCUAUCCCCCGACGCACAAAGGCUUCAUUGAUGGAACGCAAAGCUAAUCGCUGCUUCUCCAUAGUGGGACAUCCUGUGGAUAGACGCGAAGAAAGCGAGAGCAAAUCCCACUCAAUCAGGGAAUCAUGGCAGACCACCUCUUCCAUGGAUUCCAAUGCCGACGCUCUUUUGGAGGGAAUAAAUCUCGUACUUCCACAUAAAAUUAAAGAGCAAAAGUUCCGAGCUUCUAUCGCCAGCAUCUCUACGUUUAUGACCACCGACUCAGCCGAGGCAGUGAUACCCUCCGAAAGGCGGCGGUCCAAUCAGUCUAGACUUCGCAUAUCUACUCCUCUAUCUCUUUCAGAUUUUGAAAUUUACUCCGACGAUGGAGAUGCCGACGAUGACUGUACGUCUAUCCUAGAUGCAUUCCCUCACCCCCACUCCUACGAGCAACACGAUGACCGACCAGCUACCCCCACAUUACAUUACUCCUCUUCCGAGACACCAAGUACUCCCAGUACUCCUGAUUCCAUCCGAACUACAUUUGAUCGCCCUCCCUCUCCAGUACCAUCUACCGCGCCAUCCACGGUUUCCACCGCUUUUUCAGUUUCCACCACCUCUAGCACAAUAUCUCCCGGUACCAGUAUCUCCAUCAAGGCCGCCUUCAAUUCCUCUAUCAUCCUGCUGCGGGUUCCUAGAGAAACUACCCUAGCUGACAUCAGGCAGCGAUUGUACAAUAAAUUUGUCGGACAAGAGGGUGUCCCCCUAUCCAAGUCUUUCGACAUAAUCUUCGUCCCUCCUUCCCAAUCAUCGCCCACAAAGGACCAGUCGAGCUCUCACUCUUUAUCGCCCAAUGAUCUCAUGGACUUUUUCUUCAUCCACUCAGAUGAUGAGUGGCAAGAAAUUGUUUCCACUACUUCUGGAAGUAAAGUCAACCUUCGUAUCAUGGAUUCUUGCAAAUAG